AUGGCAACCUACUGUCCACAACUUUUGCCAAAAAAAUCAUCGACAAACACAGACCAAAUAAAAAAAUCUAAUAGUGAUAAGAUGAAUACAGCUUUUACUGUGGCAACAUGGAACGAUGCGAAAGAUGCAUAUUCUAAAAUGAAAAACAUCCUCACCAACAGUAAAACAAGAAUAUCAACAAAAUUAAAACUUUUAGUGUGUUACAUUUUCCCUUUCCUAACUUACGGCCCUGAGUCCUGGACAAUUUCUAAAGAAAUGAAAAAAAAUGCUGAGAUGUCGUUUUUAGGAAAAAUUAUGAAAAUUAGUUUGAACUCUUUAAAACAGUUCGGUUAUGAAAAGAGAAGAUUACUAAAAAUAAUCCGACGGGGGCAGUUAAAGUUUUUUGGUCACAUCAUGCGGAAGGAAAGAAUGGAAAAUCUAACAACUACUGGAAAGAUUGCAGGGAGAAAAGAUCGCGAAAUUGGCCGUGACGUGUGUGGCUCAAGUGACGAUGAGUGUGAUUAUUUCGGAAGCUGUCAGUUUGCAUCGACCGCCAACUGCUAA